CCGUCACUCCACAGAUCAUCUUCGCUAAGACGUCCUCCACCAUCAGUUCACCUCCACCACUAGUCACAUCCCAAAAUGCCACCAUUUACGCUUCAGAGUCGUCACAGGAUGACUUCUUGAUAUAAAUCGACUGAAAUCACCCAGCACUCACUAGAAAGUACUCAAAUCCCGACGCAGUCACGACCGAAGAAUCACCGUCCGCAUAUUUCCCAUCCUCAACAACGACAGACCAGAGUCCAUAACCCAACACGAAAUUCGACUCAUCACUACCCACCUCCACUCUCCUACUACGAUCAGAUACAUCCGAUUAUGUUGAUCACGAUAACAGCUGACAAUUCACCGCUCUCGCGUUGAGCAGCUAGCGAGCGAGUGAGCGUUGCUGUGAGCGCUGCUGUGAUGGUUCGGUUUUGAUCUCAAAUCGAACGAUUGCUGCGCCCCCAAGUGACGAACAAUGUGUGAAAAGAUAGUACUGAAUAUGAGUGAAAAACGAGUACCAGCACGGAUUGAAUGUCUUCCUGUCGAAAUCAUUCAGAUAAUUUUUCUGCAUUGCGUUGAGUUUAAUCUCCCCCGCGCUUCGAUCCAUAUCGCCAGGGCUCUUUCGGAUCCGGUAAUAUAUACAUGGCUUAUUCGACUUGCAUUUACUAUUGACAACCACGAGUCUCGCGGCAUCUUGACGCUGGAAUACCUGCCUCCGCCGCUGGACUUUUACGGCCUCUCGAAGCAGGAACGGACAGGCCUGCAGAGCGCUAUUCUCGGAACACGAUGGUGCACGUUACCCUUGGUGCGGAAAUGUCAGGUGGAAUACAUCAAACAUGUCAUUGCGAUCCAAUGUACGCGUCUGAAAUUUUCCUCAGAGGAUAAAAACAAGCUGUCGAAUCUGGAGCAACGGUUCGAGGAGUCAACCCGCAUCAUGGACGCCCAGGAUGCUCCCAGUGAGAACCUAGUCGAGGAUCUUAAGAUCCUCGCAAUGUGUAAAUCCAUCAAUGGUAUUCCGGACACCUACGGCAGCUGUGUGCUUAGUAUCUGGUUCAACUCCGGCCUCGUGGUCCUCAACAGACUCGUUGACGGACUAUCUUUUCCCGUCAGUGAGGAGGAAUACAGAUUCCCAGCAUGUGUAUCCACCAUGCCGCGCAUGCCAGAGAAACUCCUCUGUCCCCCCUGGACACCCGAUAAACUCAGCUUCCUGGCCCUACUAGCGGAAGGAGCGUAUAUCGACGAAGAUGAGAAUUUCGAAUGCUCGAGGCGUAUCCUGCGACAGGUGAUUCGCGACCGGGACUUGGGUACUUUUCAGCGACUGUUGGGGUUGUGCAUUCGACUCAAGUGCUACAAUUAUUCUAGAGACUGGCCAUUGCUGCCGUGUCAUUUUCGCGCUGCGAUUAAAUAUGCGGAUGAGCGGGAUGAUCCGUUUAUUAAGCUCUUGGUCGAGAAGCGUUGGUGCGAUGUCCCGGAAGAUAUACAUUUAAAGGAUGAGUUACUGAGAAGAUAUAACGCGGCUGAGGUUGACAAAUGGAUUCAUAAACAUUGACGUGGUAUCCUAAACAAAACACAUGAAACGCGAGCAAAAUGAAAACGACAUAACCCAUAUCCAUAUCCAUAUCCAUAUACCCAUACCAUCAAUCAUAACUCAUUAUUAUCCAAACUCAUGGCAUCAUUUUAUAUUCUCGACCUCCUCGUCGUCCUCGUCCCUUUGCGUCGACCGCAGUAACCGCACGUCAGACAUGUGAUGAUGAUAUCGCAGAGACUCACGACGCCGUUGACAAUCGCCAUGAUGACGGAGCCGAUGGCGUUAACGAUGCCGCGGAGGCAGGCUCCGAUGGAUUGGAAUACGCCUGCGAUGCAGGAACAGACGGCGCCCAUUUUGGUGAUUUAUGGAGGUUGAUUUGAUUUGAAUUGGUUUGACUUGGAUAUCAGAUGGGGAGAAUUUGAUUG